AUGGCUAACAGGACCUGUCCUGCGGGCUUCUACCGCGCGGCCCAUGUGGUCUUCUACUGCCAGGGGGGUCAGGGCGAGGCGCGGUUCUACCACCUGCCAGGCUCCAAGUCUCUCUGGCGGUGGACCUUCGAAUGGCGAAUGGCUGCAGGUUCAUUUCUGGGCGCCCGAGGCGAGACCCUCACGGUGGACCUGCCCGAAGGCUUGGCAAACUUCUCCGUUGCCUCCACGGGGCAGGGCCUGGCGUCUCUGGAGCUUUACGACCUUGAGGAUGCCCAGUUCCUCGUGAGUCACAGAAGUGGGCUCGUGAAUGACGAGAAGACCGAGGGAGAGUUUGGCAACCUGUCGUUGCUGUACAGCGGCGCCAUGCCGAGCGAGUGGCUGGAGGUGCGCGGACGCUUGCCCUCGGAGAUGCUGUUGCUGCUGCGCUGCUCCUCGGGGGCUUUGAAGGGCUACAGCGAGGCGACGCUGCGAUACAGCUACGCGGCCUUCGGCGAUUCGUGUGGCUCGCCUAUCCCCGGCUGCAAGCGCUACAACGCCUCGGAGGCCGCAGCGCAGGUGGCGGCCUGGCGCGCCUGGGCGCGGCAGCGCUUCGGCGCGGGCGCGAAGUCCUCGCUCGCGUGGCGCGCGCUGGCCGCCGCAGACGCGGAGCGAGGAGCUUUGCCCUGGAGCCGUUUCCAGAACUUCUGGCGCCGCUGGCCGCGCGCGUCGCCCUGGAUGCCCGCGGCGUGGCACAUGGACAGCGACGGGGACUCGGAGGUGAGUCAGGCCGAGUUUGCGGCCGCCUUCGAUCCUCCGCCCGUUGCGUCGGGCUCCGCCUGGCGCCUGCCGGAGGUUUCGCCUGUGGAGGUGGUGGAGGUGUGUCUGGGCGUGGUGCUCGUGGCGUGCCUGCUGCUGAUGUGCCGCCUGCACGUCAGCAAGCCGCUGCCCAGCUACACCGCGCUGCCGGACUCGGACACUGAGCCGUCGGAGACCGAGAGCUUUCUGGCGCCGGAGGCGGAGGCGCCGGCGCUGCCUUCGGAGCCGUGGGUCAGCGAGAUGGUGGUGCUGCCCAUGGGGCGGUUUCCGCGCUGGGGCCAUCUGCAGGUGGACUACCCUGCCGGGACCUUCGGAAGCGCGCUGACGCGGGCAAGGCUGCGAGGUAAAGCCAUGGCCAUAAGCACGGGCUCGGCCACCGACCACGCGCUCGGCGGGCUCGCCGUGCCGUUCGGCGGGUGGUUUGGGGGAGCAGCCGGCGCUCGGACCGGAGAGGAGCUCGCGGACUUGGAGGACUACUACUUCGCCGCAGACAAGGAGUCCAAGCUCUCCAAGGUCUCCUCGCUGUGCUGCGAGGCGCUCACGGCCUUCCUGGCACAGAGCCGGCCCUUGCCGGCCAAGAGCCGCGCGCUGUACCUCAAGGGCCGCGCGGCCUCCUACGUGCCUGGGCAAGAGCGCGUGGCGGAGGAGCAUUUGUCCAAGGCCAUCAAGCUGGACCCCAAGCUCUUGGAUGCCUGGAACGCCUUGGGCGAGGUGUACUGGAACUUGCAGGACGUCGGUCAGGCAGCGCGGUGCUUCGAACAAGCCCUCGAACUCUGCGAGCCGAAUGACGUGUCCCUGCGGAACUUGUCCAUGGCCUUGCGGGCCAUCGCCGGGGGCCAGCCGGACGGCAAGUCGGAGGAUGCGGCCAAGGUCUCAGCGCGCCGGCUGAAUUACGCCAAGGCGCUGGAGAAGGCGAAGGAGGCGGUGGUUUUGGGCCCAGAGGACCCUCUCAACUGGGAGACGUUGGGGAAUGCCUACGUGGGGAACUUCUUUGUGAACGCCAAGCGGCCGGAUGAGAUCAAGAGGGCGCUCAUCGCUUACGAGAAGAGCGACCUGGCCUACCAAAAGCUGGGGAAGUGGAACCCCUCGCUCCAUUUCAACCGGGGCAUGGCGGCCAAGUACGUGGAGGACUACGACUUGGCGUUGCGCUGCUUUGCCAAGGCGCAGGAGCUGGGCGCCACUGGGGCGGCAGACCAGCGCCGGAAGGUCAUCGACCUCAUCGAGCAAUUGUCGGAGCACCUGGAGAAGGCGGACGUGAAGUCCAAGAAGCUGAAGGACCUCACCCAGUUUCCUCCGGGCAACUCGCGGCGGCCCCGGAGAAAAAGAGUCGCUCGCAGAGUGCAGCAGCCGGGGCCCUCAAGGGGCAUUCGGUUGGGGGCCGAUGUGUUCCCAGCCCGCCCCUUCAGCACUCCGCAGCCGGACGCGGACACGGACUCGGAGGCGGGGUCAUUCAGAGCGCCGAAAGCUGACAUUCCGGCUGUGCCGAAAGCGGCGACGGCGAGCCCGGGGAAGGUGAAACAAAAGGAGCGCAAGGGCGCGCGAGAGGCAAGGCACUCCAUUGACCUGAAAACCGACCUGAAAGUGGCCCCGUGGCGACAGGACUGCUGCUGGCGCUUGCUGUUGGUUCUGGCGGUGCUUCUGGCGUUCGCGGGCCUGGGGCUUUUCACGCUGCACCUCUGGCAGCGGCGCCUCUUGGACGAGGAGCUGGUCCGGCGGCAAAGCAGCCAGGUGCAGCAGCUCCAAUCCGAGCUCAAGGAGGCUCAGACGGAGACCGCGCAGCUGCAGGUCCAAACCUCCGAGCUGCGGGGCCUGCAGAAGACCUACCACGCAGAGAAGGAGGAUGCCGAGCAAAAGGUCUCGGAAGUGACAGAGGAGUUGGGGGAGGAGACCGCGCAGGUGAAAGAUCUCGAGGGCAAGCUGCAGGCCGUCCAUGCCACCGCAAGGAAGCUCAGCAGCGCGCUGCAGACCGACGCCUCUGCGCUCCGCGCCACCGGCGCCAGCGACACCCGCGCCCUGCGGUCCCUGCGCCUCGCCACGCUCAGUCGGAGCCAGAAGCUGGAAGAAGAGGACCAGAAGCUGGCGGAAGAGGACCAACAGCUCGCGGAGAGGGAUCAGAAGCUGGCGGAGGAGGAGCAGAAGCUGGCGCAGAAGGAAGGUCAGAUCCAGUGGCUGCACGGCAAGCUCGAGGCAGCUGAUCGGCGCUUUUCGCCCACCUUUCAGCUGAAUGGGUGUUAG